GGUUCGCUACCGGAAGCCGAGCGGUGGAGCGAAAUUUGAAGGAGUCGGAACCCGGGCCGAUUCGGCCACCAAACUGUGUUGCUGGCAGCUGGCUUUCUGGGCUGUUUGGGUCGAGCCAUCAUGCCUAUCCGCGCUCUGUGCACUAUCUGCUCCGACUUCUUCGAUCACUCCCGUGACGUGGCUGCCAUCCACUGCGGCCACACUUUUCAUCUGCAAUGCCUAAUCCAGUGGUUUGAGACAGCACCAAGUCGGACCUGCCCACAGUGUAGAAUCCAGGUUGGCAAAAAGUCUAUUAUCAACAAGCUCUUCUUUGACCUUGCCCAGGAAGAGGAGAGUGUCUUGGAUGCAGAAUUCUUAAAGAAUGAACUGGACAGUAUCAAAGCCCAGCUUUCUCAGAAAGACAGGGAGAAACGGGACAGCCAGGCCAUUAUCAACAGUCUACGGGACACAUUGGAAGAACGUAAUGCCACUGUGGAGUCCCUGCAGAACGCCUUAAACAAGGCAGAGAUGCUGUGUUCCACCCUGAAAAAACAGAUGAAGUUCAUGGAGCAGCAGCAGGACGAGACCAAACAAGCCCGGGAGGAGGCCCACCAGCUCAAGAGAAAGAUGAGAACCAUGGAGCAAAUUGAGCUCCUACUCCAGAGCCAGCGGCCGGAGGUGGAGGAGAUGAUCCGAGACAUGGGUGUGGGACAGUCGGCGGUGGAGCAGCUGGCAGUGUACUGUGUGUCCCUCAAGAAAGAGUAUGAGAAUCUGAAGGAAGCUCGGAAGGCUUCGGGGGAGCUGGCUGACAGGUUGAAGAAGGACUUGGCGUCCUCUAGGAGCAAGUUGAAGGCUGUCAACACUGAGCUGGAUCAGGCCAAGUUAGAACUGAGGUCAGCGCAGAAGGACUUACAGAGUGCUGACAAGGAGAUCACGAGCCUAAGAAAGAAGCUAAUGAUCCUGCAGGAAACCUUGAGCCUGCCUCCAGUGACCAACGAGACUGUCAGCCGCCUGGUUUUUGAGAGCCCAGCCCCUGUGGAGAUGCUGAACCCAAGGCUUCACCGGCCACUCUUAAGUGAUGAGAUUGAUCUCAAUGCUACCUUUAAUAUAAAUACCCCUCCAUCCCAGACCUCCAGCUCCCAGCAUUGCCACCCCAAGAAGCUCUGCCUGGAGAGGGCACGUGACACAUCCCAUUUAGGCAGACAGGAGGACCUCUGUGGAGCUGGGAGGUGGACCUGCUCUAGACGUGCUGUGGAACAAAGAGGGGAAGCCAUCUCCUUGGCCAGGCCCACAAUUGUGCCCCUUCAUGCACAUGGGUCUGGGCUGUUCCAGUAAGGGAGUUCUUUUUACAUUUUUAAAAAUUUCAUUCAUCUGUUUUUGGGGGGGAUGCAUAUGGCAAUCAGAGGGCUAUUUGUAGGGCUUGGUUCUCUCCUGCCACCAUGUGGGGAUAAAGGAUCACAGUCAGGCUGACAGGCUUGGCAGCAAAGUUUUAUCUGCUGAGCCAUCUCUCUGGUCCUAACAAAAACUUAGUGUGAGACUUUGGAUGGAAGAGAAAGAAACUGUUAUGUCAGGCUAUGACAGAGAGAAACCCAAGGGCACAGCAGCUGGGCACAACCCCCAUGCUGCACACAGCUGGCCUGGUUGCACUAAGAAGCCCAAGUCACGCGGCUGCAGCAGAGAGCUACAGGGUCUUCUCCAUCCUCCACCCCCUCUUCAGCUGCGAUCGAGGCUCUGAAUACUCAUCCUCUGGGCAUAGGAAGUUGCUGGGCUCCCUAGAACAUGGUGAGGAGCCCAAGAACUUGGGGAAUACUGAAAUGAGAGCCCAGACUGAGACAUGGUCCUGUCUCCCUGACCCUGGAGCUAGUCUUUCCAGACUGUACUCAGGGAGGGACCGCUGAGGUACCUGCCUAGAGCAGAGCUAUGAUGGCAUCCUGCCAUGCAGAGGCUCCUCUAGAGGGCGUGUGCCAAGUCCACCCACCAUCUUUCUUACUU